AGCUUCUAGUCUGCCGGAAAUUCACACGAAGAAAAACAUUGGAUGAACCCCAACGAAGAAGAGGGAGUGGGUGUCUCGCUUUCUCUACUGUCUCUGGCGUUACAACCCUGCGCCUCUUCCCCAUCGAGACAACAUAGGAAACUAGCCAUAUAGCUAGCUGUUGUUUAUCUUUUGAUAAAGAUGUCAACCACGACCGGCGGCGGAGAGUUUGGCAACCCCUUGCGGAAAUUUAAGCUCGUAUUCUUAGGCGAGCAAAGUGUGGGGAAGACAUCGCUUAUCACAAGGUUUAUGUAUGACAGCUUUGACAACACCUAUCAGGCAACAAUUGGCAUAGACUUUUUAUCAAAAACGAUGUACCUGGAAGAUCGUACGGUCCGACUCCAGCUCUGGGACACUGCUGGACAGGAGCGUUUCCGUAGCCUCAUUCCCAGCUACAUCCGCGACUCCACCAUCGCUGUGGUGGUUUAUGACAUCACCAAUCUCAACUCAUUCCAGCAAACCUCAAAGUGGAUUGAUGACGUCAGAACAGAGAGAGGAAGUGAUGUCAUUAUCAUGCUUGUGGGAAACAAAACAGACUUGGCUGAUAAAAGACAAGUGUCUGUUGAGGCUGCAGAGAGGAAAGCUCGUGAACUCAAUGUGAUGUACAUAGAGACCAGCGCCAAGGCUGGCUAUAACGUCAAACAGCUGUUUCGUCGUGUCGCUGCAGCCCUUCCGGGGAUGGAUAGCACACCAGAGAAGAGCAAAGAGGACAUGAUCGAUAUCAAACUGGAGAAGCCACCAGAGAUGGCGGUGACGGAGAGCAGCUGCUCCUGCUAGUAAACACCUCACCCCCCCACCUGACCUGCCUCCUCCCCACCAACAGCUUGUCUCUCAGUGGCCACUCUCCCCACCCAUGGUUCACUGCCAUCGACUGGAGAACCUGUUUUUCCCCCCUUUCGACUCAGUGACUUUUCGGAGUAACCGUGUGGAUGUGCUAUUACUCUGUAUUUAAACAGAUAAUAUAAAAAACUAUAAAGGUUAAAAGUCAAACACAGAAUAUGUUGAAUGCUGAAUAUGUUCCGAUUUUCAUCCAACUGCAUGACAUUAUAUAGGAUUGCAGACUGACAUAGCUAACUGCUCUUGGGUUAUUGCAUUGUUGUAAAGUGAUAUUGUUUUAGAUUAUUUAAGUGAAUAUGAAAGGGUCAAGGUCUCAGUCCCUUGGUUAUUUGCUUUUAUUUCCAAUGGAGAGUCUGGAGUGGGUAAACUAGAGUAUUCUACGUAUGUGAUAAACAAAGUGUCUGUUACUGAUACCCAUUAUUUUUAUGUACUUUGUUCCAAAAAGAUUCCCCUCUAAACUAUUAAUAUUAUUUUAUCUCCUUGUUGGCUCAAAUCAAAGCUAUUAAUUUAGGCCUAAUGGUUUAUAGGACCAUGAAUAAGGGACAUUAUUAUCAGGACAUUCUCAAGGCAUGAACAGCCAAAGAACUUCACUUAGGAUUACUGUAGUUAAUCGACUGACGAUUUGAAUGGAGACUUGUUUGUUAUUUUGGCAGGUCUCCCAAAGAGAAUGCUGCAGGAAGGAUGUAUAGCCAAUCACGAAGGAAACAAGGAGAUGCAUUUUUUUUUUAAAGGGACAUUAUCCCGAAUUCAUUGUAGUGGAAAAUACUAACCUAAAUCUAUUGAUAUACACUUCGAAACUAUAGCAAAUUUGUCACAGCAAUUUACAUCAAUUAGCCGCACACAUACUAACACAUCUCCUUGUGUCUGAGGAGAAGAGGUGUUUAAAGUCCAUAUAUGAGCAUAUGGAGUGAGCAGGUGUCAAACCUUAUUACACACUAAAUGGAAACAUGCAUUGGGCCCAUACGAUGUGUUCCUAUUCACACUCCAAUUGAUGUAUAUUGUCUUGUUUUCAUCACACUAUUGCAAGAACUGCUUGCUCGUCAUGCAGGAUUCAUAGACGGUUAAGAAAAACCGAUGCCUUGCUUGUUUGUUUACCAACAUUGUACACUGACUCAAGCCCCAAUAUUGUAAAGCUGGAGAGGCCUGCUGACAGUAGUUGUUUUGUAGGGCAGGUAGCUAGAGUUGGUCCUCAGAUACAGCUAACGCUUCCUAACACCCUUGCUGUGAAAAUAAGUGCAGUGAAGUAAGUUAAUCUUUAGCGCUAUUGCCUGUAGGACUGUUGGCUUUGUGUUUGUGUUUAUUUUGUUACAAGCAACUGCAAAAUUGCAUUGUACACUUGACCAAAAUUAGUUGCUCCGCCCCGUCCCUUAUCAUGUUCUCACACACACACAGUGACACACAAACACCUUGAAACACACUAACUAACCACACAGCCAUAAAUGUCCCAUCUUCACCACCACACACCAAUACAUUCGCUGUAGCUUGUUAGAUUUUUUUUUACAUUUUUACAAAAAAAAUGUAGAUUAGUAUUUAAUUACAUCGAACGACCGUCUUUACCUUAACAGCUGUUCUAUUACCCCUCACUGAGUACUCAACUGAACUGUGUGCUAUUCUGAAGUGUCUGUCCAUUUGAAAUGUCUAGUGUUUAGCAACGUUUGUGUGAAUAAUGUACUAUCUGCUGUAUAAAAAAAGGAGCAUUAAAGAACACCGAAAUGUAUCACAUGAAAUAAAGAUAUUUCACCAAAGUUG